AUUAUGUCACCUGUAGACAGAAAUAAGGAAAGUGGAUUGCAAAUGCCAAACCUAUGCAAGUUUUGUGACAUCAAAGUAACAACCUGCUCAAACCGACAUCCGUGCAAGAGCAACUGCAACAUUACUGCUAUCUGUGAGAAUAAUAGUGAAGUCUGUGUAGCUAUAUGGAGACAGAAUGAUGAAAAUGUGACAUUAGAAACGAUAUGCCAUGAUCCCCAGACAGCACUGUAUGGUCACAUGUUGGAUGACUCCAGCUCAGAGCAGUGUGUGAUGAGGGAAAAAAAGGAUGAUGGGGGACUAAUGUUCAUGUGUUCCUGUACAGGUGAAGAAUGCAAUGAUAUGCUCAUUUUUCUAUCAGAUAACCCUCAUAAGCCAGAGGAGAAAGAUGAAAUUUCCAAAGUCACCAUCAUAAGUCUCGUCCCAUUACUGGUGAUUUCUGUUGCUGUGAUUGUUAUCUUUUAUGCCUACCGCACUCAUAAGAAGAGGCAGCUCAACAAGGCAUGGGAGAAGAAUGUUAAGCCCAGGAAACAUAAGGACUGCAGUGAUGUUUGUGCCAUUAUGUUAGAUGAUGACCGCUCAGACAUCAGCUCUACCUGUGCCAACAACAUCAACCACAACACAGAAUUGCUGCCCAUUGAGUUGGACGUUGUUGUUGGCAAAGGAAGGUUUGCUGAAGUGUAUAAAGCCAAAUUGAAGCAAAACACAUCGGAGCAGUAUGAAACUGUGGCAGUCAAGAUUUUCCCCUAUGAAGAAUACGCCUCCUGGAAAACUGAGAAAGACAUUUUUUCAGAUGUAAACCUCAAGCACGAGAACAUUCUCCAAUUCUUGACAGCAGAGGAGCGUAAGACAGAUCUCGGUAAACAGUAUUGGUUGAUCACUGCCUUCCACGCUAGAGGAAACUUGCAGGAAUAUCUCACACGGCACAUUAUCAGCUGGGAGGAUCUCUGGAAACUGGGUGGGUCCUUGGCCCGAGGGAUUGCCCAUCUGCAUAGUGAUCACACGCCCUGUGGUCGCCCCAAAACACCUAUCGUGCACAGAGACCUAAAAAGUUCCAACAUCCUGGUGAAAAAUGAUUUAACCUGCUGUCUCUGUGACUUUGGGUUAUCCCUGAGGCUGGACCCUUCUCUGUCCGUGGAUGACUUGGCUAACAGUGGGCAGGUUGGCACAGCAAGGUACAUGGCCCCUGAGGUUCUGGAAUCCAGGAUGAACCUGGAGAAUGUGGAGUCCUUCAAACAAACAGAUGUGUACUCCAUGGCUUUGGUCCUCUGGGAAAUGACAUCUCGCUGUAAUGGCGUUGGAGAAGUGAAAGAGUACGAGCCCCCGUUUGGCUCCAAAGUGCGAGAACACCCCUGCGUGGAAAGCAUGAAGGACAAUGUCCUCAGAGACAGAGGGCGACCUGAGAUCCCCAGCUCCUGGCUUAACCAUCAGGGCAUCCAGAUGGUGUGUGAAACUCUGAUCGAGUGCUGGGACCACGACCCCGAGGCCCGGCUCACGGCGCAGUGCGUGGCGGAGCGCUUCAGCGAGUUCAAGCAUCACGACAAGCUCUCGGGAAGAAGCUGUUCAGAGGAGAAGAUCCCUGAGGAUGGCUCCGUCACCACCGCCAAGUAGCGUGCGCCCAAGAGCUCUGAAAGGGAGGGAAGUUGCUCCUCGACGCGUUCACCUUGGCAGAGGAAGAGGUCUCCAUCGGUGCCUUGACUGGCUUCCUGGAGGACUGAGGCUCUCACUACUCCCUGUAGGCUCCGGCUCUGGGCAGGGAGAUGUAUUGGUGGGAAUUCAAAGCCGGGGAGUAGGUGUCAUACCCAGCAUGGGCUGCCGGCAUCAUGUCAUAGGAGGAGCUAUGUAUGUUAGCACUUCCUCAGGAAAUAAGAUUUGAAAAUAGCCAAUAACAUUAUGCACUUUAUUAAUGCCUGUAUAUAACUAUGAAAUUGCUAUUUUUAUAUAUAUAUACAUAUAUAUAUAUAAAAUGUGUGUGUAUGUAUAUAUAUAUCUAUAUAUAUCUAUCUAUAAACAGCCAUGCUCUGAAAAAAAUGAGUUAAAAAAAGAAAAAAAAGUGCUUCCAGGAAAUUACCGGUGCAUUAGCAAUCUCUCCCCCGUAGGGAGGGAGCCUGGUGUAGCACACACCAGCGAUUGUGCACUAAGCGCUCUGCCAAAAAAGUUAGGAAUAAUAUGCAGUAAGAAGAUGUCUCUUCAAGCAUGUGCUGUAACCAGCCAGCUGUGGCCCUGCAGUGCACAGCGGCCCAAGCAGUCUCUGAGCAGACAGGCCAGCUUGGCUUUGCAGUUGUACCUGAGCAGUCCUGGCUGCAGGGCGUUUUGGAAAAGGUUCAGGGAUGCCUUUGCCCUCUCACCUUAACCCCAACAUCCUCCCAGUGUCCCAGAACGGGAGUGCGAGGAGGUUUGGUCCUUCCCACACGUGGGUUUCAAUACAGAGGUCACUAAUGUUAUAUGUUUAUUGCUUUGAGUUCAUGCUGCUUGCAAGCAGGUUGCCAAACAUGGGCAGGAUGAGGUUUCCCCUCCUCCCAUCCCCACCCCCAAACCGUACAGAACAAGAGAGGGCCAGCAAUAAUCCAAGCAGAUGUUUUAUAUUUGCUGUGCAUUCUAAGUGCAGGCAGUACUAAUGGCUUUUUUUUUUUUUCCUUCCUUUUACUUUGAUUGUGUUGCUGUAAGAACAAAACUUUUUUUUCCUGUACAGCACAUCUAAUUGCUGGAGACACCACAGUCUGACUCUUCCAUGCUUUCUAGAGAAAAGUAACAGACAAUAGCCAGUGCCUUUUAUUUUUGCAAAAGGACCUUGGAGGUGAGGGAAAGCUCUGUAGCAUUAGGUUAAUGGUAUAGCCUGCCCUCAGCAAACCAGCAAUUAAUAGAAAAAAAACAAACCCCCCCAAACCCAAGAAAAGAUGUUUUAUCCCCAAAAGAUCCCUGAGACAUUGCUUACAGUCUUUCAGUUUUCCAAAAUAUUUAAGACAGUUGACAUCACAUUGGGCCUAUAUAAAUGACAGCAUUAGUAAGUGCUAACAAGUUUGUCUUCAGGACUUUUGCAGUGAUUUUUCCACCUUUUUCUUCCCCACAGCAUGUAAGCAGGUCUUGGAAAUUACAAAUUCAGCCAGCACAACCCAGUCCUGUACAGAUGGAUCGGGUGCCAUUUAUCAAACACCUUUGACAGAUAAACAUAUCUCUAGAAGACAUUGCCGUGUAAGUCAAUAGGAAUCAUGCGUAUUCAAAUAGGAGUUAAGAUUUAUGAUGUCAAAUAUUUUAUUUGAAAUGGUUUUGUAUCCGCUUUUUUCAUUCUAACCAAACUACUCAGAAAUAUUUAAACCGAAUGGGACAAAGCCUCAGCAACUACAGUGGAAUUCAGAGGAUACUAUGUCAAAUUUUAUAGGGGGGGCUGGCGGGGGAGGUGGGUUUUUUAUAAAAAGCAGGAGAGCGGGGAGCAGAGCUGGCGGCGGCGGGGCCCGCUGCCCUCUAGCGACGUGAGGCCGCCUCGGCUGCCCGGAGAGGGGGGAGAGGGAAUGUCACCACCCCCUUUCUCUUCCACCCACGCUCAAGGUCAAGGAAUGGCGUCCGGUAGUUCCUGACAAUACUGACAUUUUUUAUGGUUGGGGGUUUUUUUUCACUACUUACAUGUAAAGGAAAAUUUCUAUUCUUUUAAAGGAAUAUUUCACCUGUACAUCAUGUAUGAAAUAGGAAUGUGAACAGUUAUAUACUCUUGUAUAUCAAAUGUUUCGAACACUUAACUUGCUUUGUAAACAGUUUGGGUUUUUUUUGGUUUUUUUGGUCUGUUUUGUUUUGUAUAAAUCAAAUGUUUAUUGGAGCAAAUAAAAUAACACCAACUCAA